AUGAUAAAAUUAACAAAUGUGAAGUGCAAUGACUAUGACAAAUCCUUCCUAGAGUAUAAAAACUGUGAGUUAAAAGUGCUAAAACGUAGCAUAAUUGCGCUGAAUGUGUAUGUAAAAUUGCAUCAAGUACCCGUUUAUAAUGUGACAGUAAAUAUGAGUCUCUGGAAGCGUGCCAGUGGUUACCGACCAUUUAUGUAUAAUAUUACGGCGAAUUUUUGCGAGUUUAUGGCUCAUCGUACGCGUUAUCCUUUUAUGAAAAUAUUUUUGGACUUUGUCAUGAAGUCUUCAAACUUAAACCAUACCUGCCCUUAUGAGCAUGACAUCAUAAUUCAUAAUUUAGUGGUCAAGGAUGAAUAUUUACGAUUACUACCUCUACCCACUGGAGAAUAUAGGCUGGAUUUCAAAAUUAAUGCUUUCAAUAUUCAUAAAGCCGAUUUUAUAAUUUUUAUUAGAACCGUUGAGAACGAUAAAUAA